AUGAAAAUUCCUACUGAAGACAAACUUCCUGAAGGACGAUAUCCAGAAGAUACAGGUGACGGCUCACAAACAUCCAUAAUGAAUGAUAUAUCUAAUGGCACGGAUGUAACUGAUGAGAAACGAUUCUCAAAUUCAAAGAUAACGACGGAUGAAACCACAAAUAGCAAUAGCUCAGGAACAGACGAUUUUCUCGUAAGAUAUGCACAACAUCCAGCAAGAGCGAAAAAGUCUGGCAAUUCAUCCUCUGACGCUUCUCCUUUAAUUCCUAUAACGCCUUCAAAUCAGAUAAGCCAUCUCUCAAGCGCAGAAAUCACGUCUGUUUCGAUACGCGAUAGUGCACCCACCAUAAUUAAUGAUUCGUACACGUCAAAUAUGUCGGCUCAUACGGACUUUAGUACGGGAAAGGGGACACAGAGUACACUGCAAGAAGAUGAGGAUGCACGUUUGAAAAAGCAUCGAUAUUCCACCUUUAUGGGUAUAUAUGUUGGUCUUAUGACCGCUCUUGGAGGCUUAAUUUAUGGCUAUAGUACGGGUGUUAUAAACAAUUUCCUAGAAAUGCCAUAUGUGAAAUCGCAUUUCCCGAAAAAUGGACAUUCGUUCACCGCUAGUGAGUCCGCAAUUCUCACUUCUAUCAUAGUAAUAGGAACAUUUUUUGGUGCGUUAAUCGCACCUUUGUCGUCUGACCGGUUUGGCAGACGGCCAACUAUAAUUAUAUUCACAGCUGUGGUUUUUAAUCUGGGUAUUGUACUACAACUUCUUUCAACCGGUAUAGGGCUCUUUUGCACCGGAAGGCUUAUAUCCGGCUUUGGUGUCGGUGUUUUGUCCGCAGUUAUUCCUCUUUAUCAGGCUGAGGCUUCACCAAGGUGGAUUCGUGGUUCUAUUAUAUGCAUGUAUCAGUGGGCUGUCACGUGGGGUCUCCUUAUCCAAAGCGCUAUAUCCCAAGGAACGAAAUCUAUAGACUCUGCUAGCUGUUAUCGAAUUCCAACCGGGAUUGAAUUAGUCUUGGCAAGCAGUCUAUCUCUUGGCAUGUCUUUUCUUCCGGAAUCCCCCCGUUAUUACGUUAGGAUUAAUAAAAUUGAUGAUGCCAUAAUGGCACUAUCUCGCCUCCGGCGGCUUCCACCGGAAGACGAGUCGUUGAUAGCUGAGCUUAUUGAUAUUAAGGCUUCCUAUGAUUAUGAAUGCAGUUUCGGUCAAACAACAUUUUGGGACUGUUUCAAAAAUUCCCCGUCCCGGGUUGGCCAGAAAAAAAGAAUGCUUACCGGUGUUUUGGUUCAGGCUUUGCAGCAAUGUUCUGGAAUUAACUUCAUCUUUUAUUAUGGUGUUAACUUUUUCGUCAAGACCGGUGUCAGUAACUCCUAUUUGAUGUCGUUGAUUACCUACAUUACGAACGUCGUGUUCACCAUUCCAGGUAUUCUUCUUAUUGAGAUUAUUGGAAGAAGAACACUUCUAAUGGGAGGAGCCAUCGGAAUGAUGAUAUCCAAUUUUAUUAUAGCAAUUGUCGGCGCUAAAACUGACUCAAUUACCGCCAAUAAAGUCAUGUUGACUUUUGUGUGCACGUUCAUUUCUUUCUUUGCCUCUACAUGGGGUCCUGUCUGUUGGGUUGUGGUUGGAGAAAUAUACAAUCUUUCCGUGCGGCAAAGGGCUGUCGCAUUAUGUGCAGCUACAAAUUGGUUCAUUGACUUUAUUUUUGCAUAUUGCACUCCUUACAUGAUUGACACCGGAAGUCAUACCGCAUCAAUGGGUACCAAGAUAUUCUUCGUCUGGGGAUCGCUAAAUAUGUUAGCGUUUUUUGUUGCUUACUUUCUUGUUUAUGAGACGAAAGGUCUUAUGUUAGAAGAUAUUGAUGAGCUAUACCAUAUUUGCAAAGUUGCCAGUAAAUCGUCUAACAUGGGUCCUUUGGUGCAUCAGAUGGCACAGCUUCGUAUUAAUGAAGAACAGCAAAGGGGUGAAUCAAUAUCAACCUCUAAAAGCAGGAUAGACUCGCAUCUAUCUUCUCUAGCUGGGGGUGAAACAUUUGAUGAGGUGCCCAUCGCAUUUCCAAGGCCUGUUCUUAAUCAUUCCGAAGGUGAAGAAUUAAGUGUGAUGCACUCUGGAAAUCGUUUGGCACCUGUCUAUGGAAUGAACACCGAUGCCUCACGGGUUCCUGGAAUGAUGAUGAGUAGUAUCUUGAAGCAUCCUAACAGUUUGCCACCAUCGUUAAGUUCUGAUGGAAGUGAUGAAAGUGUUGAUUUUUCGGUUGCUUCUGGAUCUUCCGGAAACGGACGUGGCCAUGAUCUCGAUCACAUGACACCGGAAGAAGAAUCGGCAAACAAUCAGAGUUUAGAUUUCUUUGCCUAUGGUGACAAUAGUGCUAGGCAUGCUUCUCAUUAA